AUGUUUAUCAAUAAUAAUUGCACAGGUAUUAUCACAGAUAAUGAAGUUAACACCAACUGUGAUAAUUUUGAAGAGACUGUUUGCCACAAACAAAUAUCAAAUGACUUCCCUAAAGAUCAUUUAUUACAAUCAGAUAAUUUUAUCAUAGAUAUUUUGAGGAAUACAAUGAACGUAAAUGAAUCACAUCUUACGGCUGCUAUUAAUUACUACCGAUCUUGUAUCACAAACUCUAAGGAAGAAACAUCGUCAAGAAAAGAGAAAAUUGUUCAAUUAAUCUCAUCUUUUUUCAACGGAUGGUCAUCGCCACUGUAUUCUGAUAAGAUCUCCUUCAAUAUUAGCAACAAUAUAUCUGAUAAUAAACUGUUCAAUCUUACCAAUUUAAUUUUACCACUGAUAUUUCAAAAUGGAAAAACAACUAUAUUUUCUCUAAAUGUAGUUCAAAGUAGAAACAAAAGUAUAAAUCCAUAUAUUUAUGUACUUAAAAUAUUUGAUGAAUUAAAGAUCACUUUGAUUCAAUUAUUAUCAUCGAGUUCAUGGUUCAAUGAAAACAAAAAAGGCACUAUUGAUCAGGUUAAAAAUAUUAGUUUAUCAAUAAUUUCAUCGGAAUCAUUGAAUGUGAAAAAGAGAGAGAGCGAAGAUUUUAUAUUCAAUAAUAAAAUUCUAGAAAAUAAUUACUUUAUGAAUGAAUAUUAUUCUCGGAAGACUAAACUCCUCAAAUCAUUUGGCGCAAAUUUGGGUAAAUACGAUAAACCAGAAGUCUCCAGUUUCACGCCAUACAUAUCUGGAUUGAACAAAGAUCAUAACAUUCAUAUAUCUACUGGGUUUCUACAUCCACCAUAUUUCAACGGGUCAUAUUCUAUGUCUGAAAAAUAUGGGAUUAUCGGUUGGAUUAUGGGACGUGAGCUUAUAUCUGCAGUUUCUAGUGACCAUCAGACAGAUAAACCAGAAUCAUUUAAAUCACAAAUAUGUUGUCUACAAAAACAAAACAAUUCCCGAGUACUUGGGAAAAAAACAUACGGAAGGAUUUGUAUACAAAAUCGUAAAAAUCUAGAUGGAGAAUUGUUUUUCUCAACAUUUGCAAAGAUGAUGUGUGGUGGCUACUUUAAUGAUACGAAUAAUAACAAGUUCAAAUCGUCCAAGCUCAAAUAUACAUUCAGUGUUAAUGACGUUCUGAAACACAGUCAAGAAUUCUCCGACGUAUACCAAUGUCCAGUUGAUUCCAAAAUGAAUCAUGAAGAAAAAUGUAUUCUUUAAAUGAAUGUAGAAAUUAUGUGUAUUAAAAUAUUGGUUUAAAUGUGUCUUCAAUUUUG